ACCUGUCCUUCGUCCCGCCCCGUGACACUGCUCUGCUCCACUCCUCUUGUCAGCUAAUAAAAGGCAGCUGAGUCCUGCGCUCGCUCAAGCUGGCAGCCGGAGCGACAGAGAGCGAGCGGAGGAGCACGGCAACCGGGGGGAGGCGAACGAGCCCUGCAGCGGGACAGGAAAGCGGGUGACUUCUGUGCCCAUGCUGGGAAAUGGUGGCAGAAGCGCCCAAGCGAGUUUAAGAGAGAGAAAAGGAACUCAGACGAAUCCGUUGCGCAGACCCAAAGCUCCGGGACUGGGCGUCUCUCCAAAAGUCACCUGUUUGCUCAGUUGCCGCCCCGUCGAAGCUGCAAAGCCAAAAGCCGGCCGCGCGUAGAGGGGUUUGGAAGGGGCCGGUCAGGGACUAAGCAAAGGGGUAUUUCCGUUCUGGGGAGUAAAAAUAAAUGGAAAUGAAAUAAAAUGUCCGGAUGGGUGUCACAGCAGGAAAGUUGGGUCCCGGAGGGGGAAGGGUGGGAAAGCGGUUUGAGCAGGUGCCGUUUCCGAAAGUGAUUUAUUUCUCAAGUGUGGCAAAGGGGGCGGAGUAGAUGGUCCCAUGCCCUGCGCCCGAAAAAAUAGGCACGUGAACCUGGAGCUCGCUUGUCGUGACUCAGUUGGGGACUCUCGACUCUUUUGAAAAGGAAGACCCCAAAAAUAACCCGAAGAGGCCCGUGCGCGUGCUGCGCGCUGCUGCCCUGUGCCUUUAAGAGCUCGCGGGCAGGCCGGCUCCCGAACCUGCCGAAGGCGCAAAGAGGAGGAAGCGUUGCCUCUCGGCCCCUUGCAAAGCAUCUCAAGCCCCGGCAGGAGAGGGCACGGCGUGGGUCGGCGGCUGAAGCGCCCUGACAGGGACUGCCCUUUUUCCUCACGUCUCUUUCCGAUGUCGCGCCUUUAGGGAAGCGGUCGCCCUUUGCACGUUGUCCCUGGAGGAUCUCUGUAGCCAGCCGCGCAGCAGUCAACCUCCCUUCCCUUCUCCUCCGUUUGCCUGAGCCGGAGCAGCAGCAUGGAGGUCUUCCGCUGCCCCGCUUGCCGCUUGGUGCUGUGGGACCCGGUGACCGUGUCGUGCGGCCAUUCCUUCUGCAGGCGAUGCCUUGGUGACGGCUUGCCUGCCAACUGCCAGCUCUGCGAGGAGAAGCUCGCCCUACUGGGCUCCAGGACCGUGAGUUCCAACGUCCUGCUCUCCAACUUGUUGGAAAAGUGCUUGGGGAAGGACGCCAAGGCGGCUAGGCUGAAGAUCGACUUGCAGGGACUGCUGAGGAUCCGGGACUACCGCGGAGCUCUGAGGACCCUUCAGAAAGCCAUCACAUUGGCUCCAGAUGAUCUUACGCUGAGGGUGUGGCGAUCAGAGGUGUACGUGGCGUUACAACAUUACACAGAGGCUCUGGAGGAUUUGGAGGUGCUGUGCAGCCGAGAGUCAGAAGAAUGUGAGGGCUUUUUUAAGAAGGGGAAAGUGUUCCUGGAAAUGGGGAAGCCAUCAGAGGCUCUGUUGCAGUUCCAGCACUGCCUUACACUGAAUCCCAGUUUCCAUGCUGCUCAGUAUGAGUUAGAAAAGAUUCUCACAGAUGAUGCCUCCCCUCUUCCAGGGACUGUUGUAGAACUAAAGAGUGAUAUUAGUGAGAACUUGAAAGGGUCUAAUUCAGGGAAAGAGCUGACUUUGCUUGUGUCUCCGAAAGGAGAACCCCUACAGGACUUGAAGGAAAUUUGUCUGGGUGAAACCCUGUCUGAUCACAGCCAGGCGGCACUUCCCUUGCUUGAGUGGUCAAAAAAGAGGUCAAGCUCAGAUUUUUCUGCAAAGAAGGAAGGAGAUUGGGAGAAAGGCGCAUCAGCAGAUACAAUAGGAACAGAACCUGCUGAAGAUUAUCUACUAGACCUUGGAGGCCUUCUGAGUACAUCAGAUUUGGAAUGUUCUCUGUGUAUACGGAUGUUCUUUGAGCCUGUGACGACACCGUGUGGGCACACUUUCUGCAAGGAGUGUGUGGAGCGCUGCCUUGACCACAGGCCCAACUGCCCCCUUUGCAAGCAGAGCCUCAGAGAGUACCUGAGGGCUGGGAAAUACAACACCACUGUGCUGCUGGAGGAACUCAUGACCGCUGUCUUUCCCUCACAACUGGCAGAAAGGAAGUUGGUCCACCAGGCUGAAAUGACAGAACUUUCAAAACAUGUGAUCAUGCGGCUUCCAUCUUCCUUCUGCAGCCUGACCAAGAAUAUCCCCAUCUUUGUGUGCACAAUGUCAUUUCCAGGCAUUGUGUGUCCCCUUCAUGUGUUUGAGCCCCGCUACCGCCUCAUGAUGCGAAGAUGUCAGGAGACAGGCACCAAGAUGUUUGGCAUGUGCAUGUUUGAGAACGGGAAGAGCUUUGCUGACUAUGGCUGUGUGCUGGAGAUCCAGAAAAUAGCAUUCCUGCCUGACGGACGAUCUUUGGUGGACACGAUAGGCAAGCGGCGGUUCCGGGUCAUGAGUCGUGGGCACAGGGAUGGCUACAACACCGCUGAUAUUGAGUACCUGGAGGAUGAGAAGGUGGAAGGAGAAGAACUGGCUGAGCUUCAGAAGUUGCAUGACUACACAUACCAGCUAACACAGAGGUUUUAUGACCAUGGGGACACCACCUUCAGACAACUCCUGAUGCAUCAUGGACCUCUUCCCGAAAAAGAGGCAGAUAUUCAGGCCUCUCCAGAUGGACCCGUUUGGUGUUGGUGGCUUAUAUCUAUCUUGCCCCUUGACUUGAGCCGUAAGCUGACGAUCUUUUCUGACACAUCCCUGAAGACUCGUCUCACCCAACUAGCGCAUAUUCUGAGUGUCAUUCUGGAAAGCCGUGACUAUAAUAGCUAAUUCUGAGACCUUGUCUCGGGAGAAGAAAGUGAUACAUCCCAUGGAAGGAACAAGUGAAAUGGGUUUAUAUGCUGUCACUCAUCAUUUUUCUCUGAGAUGUUGGGCUCAAGAAACCACCUGAUCUGAUGUUUCUUUAUCUGUUCUCUUAAUUAUUUUGUUUUGUUGUAGAACUGACCUCAGCAAUAGGCUGUGAAGCAGUAACGUUAAGCUGGUGUGCAGUAGCAACAAGCAUCAGUAGCAAUGAUGCUCCUUCCACAGGAGAGUCCCCAGUUGACCCUGUUAGGGCUGAAGGAUGCAGUGAGUCCGAUAUGAACUUGGACUUGUCUGCCUCGUGCUAAGCAAGGAAACCUCUGAACGACUCCCCACUCCAGCCCCAAGGCAAAAAGACAACCCAGCCACAAAUGCAAGGGUUUCCCGGGCUUUAUCUUCUUACCUCUUAUUGAUGCUUGUGCAGGAUUAUUCAAAGCUCUGCAAAAUGGUUAUUCCAUUUCUCCAGUUUUAAAUCAUUCCCUCAAAGCUGCUGCUAGCUGCAGAGCAAGAAAAGGACUUAAGCAAUGCACCACAGCCUAAUCCAAAUUGCCCUCCCCUGAUGGUUGUUUCUUUCAAUUAAAGGAAAAUGCUGUGGGAGAUUAGAUCAGAAGAGAAGAAAAAUGCUGGGGAACAAGGCUGUAGAUUAGAAUUUUGUUUCUAUGAUAAGGGACGAACAAAUAUUUCUCUGAAGUUGAGCACCCUCCCAGGCAAUGUAUGUAGGCCAAGGCUGCUCAGGGCCAAAAGAUUUAGCCAACAAAGGAGGGUCAAAGAAAAAACGGUAAAGGGAAACAAUAUUGUGGAAUAAAUCACCACGGGAUGGUGGGAAGAGCCAAAAGAUUAACUGUUUUAGUCAAGAACAUCCUGCAUUUCAGAAAACCAGCUUGGCUAAGUAUCCAGCUCUAUCGGGCUGUCCUGUUAUCCUGUGUUCUCUGUUAGGCAAACCGCAUGGAAUACAAAAGCAUCUUGAAAGGCAAACCAAUGCACAGUGGCAAGCUUUAUGGAAAAACAAAGAUGGGCAUGUGCAUAUGUGAGCCCGGUAUAAGAAUCAACUUUAUAAGGAUGAAGUCUCACCAUUGGUUCAUUUUUAAGGUGCCACAGGACUCUGUUUUUGCUACAGUGGCACAAUGCAUCUCCUGUUAGGAAUUUUGCCCUACACAGAAAAUGAGGUAUUAACAGUGAUUAAGUACAGUGCUCAUAUGGUCUUGUUUUUCUGGAAUCUCUCACCUGGAAGAAGUUUACGGAGCAAUUGCAUCUGGCAAUUGAACUCAACUGUAAGAAUCAAGGGAUGGUUUAGCAGCACAAAGAACUUAGAAAUUCAGAUGUUUAAAUGAAAGUGCACUUUUUUUUCCUUUUUACAUUUGAUGUUGGCCCUUUUUUUUCAGUUAAGGAAAAUCCAGUCAAGAAGACUCGGCUUUGUCUUGUUUUGAAGCUGAUCCUUCUCCAUACACAUUGCAUGUCCAGUGUAAUGGGACGCUUGAUGUGUGCUUUCUUGAUGCAGAUGUAAGCUGAGACCUAUGAAAUGCUGUGGCACUCGAGGGGGGCACCUCUCCACCUUUCUGAGCACCACAGAGCUGUAUUAAGAGUCCACCUUUGCUCUAGUCCUGUGUCUCAGUGCCGAGGUAGGACUGUUUUAAGGGUGACCCUUCCCAGCAUGAGGCCUGAAUUACUUCUGGGCAAGCCUGUCAGGAGCCAUGGGUCUGCAGUGGGGGAAGCAUCCGAGGUGAGCAGGGCUGCCCCACUGCUCCGGACACGAUUGCUGACCCUCUCACAGACCCUCAUUCAUUACCUCUCCCCCACUGUGAUCAAAGCAGUGAACACGUCCAUUGAUGCCAAUUUUGCAGAUAAGGCUAGGAAGCCAUUGGACUGCAUGGGGAGCUCCCACAAGAUGUGGGGUCCCCAUCCCUGGCUUCUAAGUAUACACUUUAGUACUUGCAACAGCGCAAAUACGUCCACUUUUUCUUUAGAACACUUGACUGAGUGUUUAAUUAAUUAGGAUCAUUGGAAAACUUUAGGCAUGUUGGGUUGCUUAAUGAAUAUGGGUGGCAGUUUGGGGCUUCUGUAAGCUGAUCUUUCAAACAACCUAGGGCUUGGAUGUCUUGGAGCCUGGUAAACUCUUAGCAUGUCAUCUAUUCUGGAUAUGGGAGGUUUACUUAGUAAGAAGUCUUGAAAACAUGAUCAUGUAAUUUAAUGAAAUGAUGGUUUAAGGAAAUGAAAUCACAAGGGGAGAUCAGGUACUGACAUUUUCCCAGAACUUUCCUGCAGGAAUUGUUUUGGUGCAUGUAUUGCAGUGGGAAAGAGAACUUCCUUAGUGCCUCCAGCAGAGGUGUGUCCGUUAGGCAGGACUAUUUUGUCCAGGUGGAUAUUCAUUUUGCUUUCUACCAGACUCAGUACCGACCCCUGGUUGUAAGUCGGAGCAAGCGGUUACAAGAUACUGUGAUAUUUAUGUACGGAAUAUAAUUGAUAUUCAACAGCCUUCCUGCCUAUUUUGUCAUGCUGACACCAGCUGUCUGUUUUUCCUGCUUACUUCCAAAUGUCCUAUUCGGAAGCAGUUCAGUCAAGCCCAUUCUUCCGCACAAGGUGCCUCCAUUAGGGAAAAUAAUAAGCUUCUGUAACCAAAGAUAUACAAUGUUUGAAAGGGAUGAGACAAAUCCAGAUUAAGUGAAUCUGCAUUUGCUUCUGCUCAGGAUGCAAAGAGCAACUCCCCAUUUACUGAUUGGAAUCGAACACCCUGAUUGUCGCAUGGCACCCUUCAUUUCUGGUGUGCUGUGCAGAAUCCUUCAGGGCAGCAAUCCGCAGCAGCCUUUGGUUUAAGACUCCUUCCCCUGACUGCUCUACCAUUUCAAUCUAACGGUGCCUCUCAAUGGGGAGUGGCGGGAAGGAACGUUUGUUAUCAGGACAAUUAGUAUCUGAGCCUUAUGGAUGCUUGGUCCAUUCAUGCAGCCUUGGAAUCAUGGGUAAGGAGAAGUCAGGCUAUCCUAGAAACCAAGUAGUGGAUGAAUGUCUCUCUCAAUAUUUACGUGUUAUGGAAGGGAUCUGCUGCUGCUGCUGCUGUUUUUCUUUGUUUCACAUGCUAUAGGGAAUAGAAAUAUGAAGGGAGUGUUUAACGCCACUGACAUACGCACAGGUUUCUCUUAAAUGGAAAGUGCCUUUUUUUUCCCUGCAGCGUGGAGAUUCAGUGAUGCCAGAGCUAGGCCUGCAAUUUUCCUUACUUGAAUCGCAUAGCCAAACAAACCAAGAAACCAGUCCUGUUUCUUUUGUUUUGUACCUCAUGUGGGCACUCUUGUUUUCCCAGUUUGCAAUGGCUGUAAAAGUGGUGUCGGAUGUACUUGUACCCCAGUUGCAUGAUAUUAUUCAUUGUUUUGUGACACCAAGCGAGCCAUUUCUCUUACCUGGCAGAAUUGUGUUGGAAUUGCUCUACCUUGCCUGGAGUUUAUUUGAAUUUAUAUCUUUCUAUUUGUUGUUGCUCAAGCUAUUAUAUCCUGUCAUCUAAUAAAAGGUUGUGUUUUUUUGGCCAUA